AUGGCUGAUGAUCCCGGGAUUCAUCAAGAAGAUGCUGUUGGUGCAUACGACGACGGUAUUAAUAACGAUGAAGGUUUGUUUGGGCCGUAUCUUAAUUAUGUUUGGUUUGUAGAUAUUUGUCGGGUUUGUCGUCUUUCCGGCGACGAUGUACUAUAUCAUCCUUGUCUUUGCACCGGAACCAUCAAAUUUGUUCAUCAGAAAUGCCUUGAACAAUGGCUAAAAUACAGCAAGAAAGAAGUGUGCGAAUUAUGUAAUCACCAGUUCUCCUUCCAACCAGUGUAUGCUGAAAACAUGCCGGACAGACUUCCCAUACAGGAUUUUAUGAAAGGUGGGUGUUCUGUGUUGAGGGUUUGAUUUUGUAUUUAGGUAUUGCAAGAAUUGGUCUAAAAGGUUGCAAGAUCGUCCUCACUUAUGCACUGGUUGCAUUUUGCUGGUUAUUAUUAGUUCCGGUAAUGGCAUGUCGUAUUAACAAAAUGGUCUUCUCUGGCGUCUUGAAUUACUUAUUUUCUCUUCGUGUUCUAAGUUUCUUUUCUUUGGAGAACAUUGUGGAAGAUCAGGCAAAAGGAACUGUGAUAUUUUGUUUAUUCGUAUGCACAUUCAUCGCACUCGUAUGGCUUCGAGAACAAAUUGCUGUUGGUGGGCCACAUGACAUGUUGAAUAUCGAGUUCGAAGAAAGGCACGAAAAUGCGGAGGUGAUCCAAGCCCCAAUCGAAAGAGCUUUUGAAUUGAAUGAAGAAGAUAACGGGAAUAAUGUUGUCGGUAUGCUCAGAGAAGAAGAUGGACAGAAUCAGCAAAAUGAGGAGAAUUGGGGUCGCGAUGUGGAGAGGAUCGUUGAGGACAUGACCUGGCAGAGGCUGAUUGGGCUAGACGGAUCCCUGGUCUUUCUGGAGAACGUCUUCUGGGCCAUCUCAUUGAAUUUGGCUUUCAAUCUUCUUUUUUGUAAGUCAUUGUUGGUGCCCCUGCUCUUUAAAUUUCUUUUAUGUGUGAUAUAAAUUAUUUCAGUGUAUUUUCCGUUCUGUUGUGGGCGUAUUAUGUUAUACGCUCUGAACGUGCAAGGCCCCUUAUCUUUCUUUGACACUCCAAUCAACGUCUUUAUUGGGUACUUUGGAAUUGCGAGCCUUUUGUAUCUCCAUCUUGUCGUAUGUUGGCAAUUUAAUUUAAACAUGUAAGUUAAGGGUUUCUAUAAAGUAUUAUUAUAUUGUAUGGAAUGUUGUUUUGUCAUUCCAGUGUGGUUAAAAUUUUUGUCCCCAAAUCCGAUCUUGUUUUCAGUCUCUAUUCCGUUACUGGUACCGCAUAUUUGAUGGUAAAAGUGUUCCUUUUGAUUACAAUGGAAUUAUGCAUUUUCCCAACCGUCUGUGGGUGGUGGUUGGACAUUUGUUCUCUUGUAAGUUUGUUUCUUUUUUGAAGUUUGCUUUAGUCAUUGACUGGAAACUCUCUUGAUGGUCGGAUUAAAGCCUUUCAAAACUAUCCCACUAGUUCCAUUAUUUUACACUGGUUAGCUGGAAUGUUGUAUGUAUUUUACUCAGCUUCGUUUAUCUUGACUUUGCGUGGACUUUUGAGACCAGGUGUGCUCUGGUUCAUCAGGAAUCUUAAUGAUCCCGAGUUCAAUCCAAUCCAAGAGGUAAUGGUCCUAUGUUAACAUUGUGCAACGGUUUAGAUGAUCGACCAACCAGUAACCAAGCAUUUCCGUCGGUUGGUGGCCUCGACUAGUCUGUUUAUGUCCACCAUUUUCCUCAUUAUAUACGCCCCUUUGAGGUUGAUCAAAGUUGUUGUUCCGUCUGUUCUUCCUUACUCAUUUAGAUCGUCCGAUGCUCCACUAAGCGAGUUUUCUAUGGAGUUGUUGCUUCUUCAGGUUUGGCGACCUCGUUUUUAUUAUUGAGUUUAGGUGGUUUUGCCCACACUUUUGGAAAACGCGAAGGCUUACAACAUUCUUAAAGUUAUUGUUCGCUUCUGGUGUGAUACUGUGGGUAGAAUGCUGAAACUAAAUACUUAUUUACUCCCUAAUGACGAAACAGAGCCUGUUCCACAGCAAAAUCGGGCACCAGGAAACGAUCCACAAGAGGGAAACGAGCAAGACUUGGCCGCCAGACAUCAUGCGAUGCUAAUGAUCAGGGAGCCGGCCAACAUCCAGAAUUACGACCGUCCGGAUCACUUCCAAUUGAGAUUGGUGGCUCUUAUCGGAUGUCUGGCUUUGACUUUGGUGUUCGCCGCGUCCUUUUUUUUCGUUGUACCAGGUGAUUUCAGGCGUUGAAUGCUUACUUUGUUUUAGUUACGGUUGGUCGGUUUGUUCUUGGACUCAUCGGAUUUGGUCGCUCGAUUCAUGAGACGUAUACUGUGGGAUGUGGAAUUUACACUUGCUGGCUCGUUGUGAAAGCAUGGAUGAUUUGGAGAGACUGGUUCCAAAAAGGCUGGGAUUACGUGAAACUGGCCAGUCAUGCAGCGCUGUUCUUAAUCUCCAAAGUGAUCUUCGCGGCGGUUCCAAUGGUCGUGAUUAUCCCGUAUCUAUUGGGUCUCUACUUCCAAUUAUUGGUCAUCAGCCCAUUCAGAGCUAGUGUUGGACAGACGCCUUUGUUCUUCCCUUGGAAAGAAUGGGCAAUGGGAAUUAUUCACCUGAAGAUUGUGUGCACCACCAUUCUUAUGGGGCCUGAAUGUCGAAUCAAAAACGCUUUUGAACAAGUAUGGUUAAUUUUGCAUUCAAGCUGACUUAGUGUUUUAGAUCUGCAAUGCCGGAAUCCGGGGAUUUAGCCUGAAAAUGUUGUAUAAAGAUAUCGCACUUCCGAUGAUAAAUUCUUUGUCAUUCCUAAUUGCCAUGCCCUAUGUGUGUUCUCACAUUAUUAUCACCUUAUGCCGUAAGUUGACUUUAAAUACUUAUGGAUGCCUAAUUUUACUUGUUUCAGGAAUGUCAGUUGAAGAAGAGAUAAUGUUGAUAAGAAUGUCAUAUCCUGCACUUCUCCUUUUUAUUGUGUUCGCUUUGUAUGUAAGAUGGCAGUGGGGAAAGGUGAAGGUUAUUUGUCAGAAGAUUCGCAACGACAAGUACCUGAUUGGAACAAAGCUUGUGAACUUUUAUCGGGACAAUUAA